GGAUGUUGACAUGGUGUUGGAUCAUAAUGCUGCACGACAACAUCAUCCUUGUGGACAAUCGGCUCCAGAUUAUCUGUCUUAUAUCUGCGUCACUCUACCUGCAGAUAACCACGGAAAACUAAUUUGAAUGGACCCUCAGUUGUAGUGGAACAUCUCAGUGGGAUUCAAAGAGAAUAUCUUUGAGCCAAGUUGGGCGCUUUAUUUAAAGCUAUCCUGCAUGUUUCCGAUGGGAGGGGAGCUUUGCUGGUUAUUGUCUGGAUUAGGGGCAUGUCCCGAGGUAGCCUAGUGCUUCAUAAGGUUUUAAGAUUUUCAUUCGGCGAUGGAUGUUCCACUGGACACACUGAAGGUCCGUUACAAGGAGGAGGAUGGGACGGUGUUGUUUGAGAGCUACAUACCUCCAGCCAGGGACGCCAUCCACCUGCCCACCUAUGCCCUCUACCUGCUCAUGGCCGUCUUCAUCGUACUGGGGGUCCUGUACGCCAUCAUCGGACACCUCAUCAAGGACCUCAUCCAUGACUUUGCAGACUGGCUGUUUGGAGCCCAGCCAGAGGAGGUGGUGGUGAACUACUGUGAGGCCAAGGACAAGUUCAUGGUGGACUGGUGUCCUGAGACAUCCCCAGAGCUGGAGGAGAUGGCCCGAGCUGAGGAGAAAAAAAUGGCCGACAAGGACUUAGUGAAGACCCCUGCUAUCUGGUUCAUCUCUACAGAACCUUGUGGAUCCAGGACCGCACCAAAAGUGGUCUUCGGGAGGAGGACUUGACACAUUACGCAUCAAAAAAAUGACCUGUCGCAGCCAUGUUUUAUCUUUAUUUAUUCAUUUUCUUUUACGGAAUUUCAAUGUAUUUUGAUUUAAUUCUUUAUUUGGUUCCAUUUCAUGAGCCUGAAACGUGCAAAAAAGUUAUUUUUUAUCUACUUUUGUUAUUAUUAGUAGAACUGAAACAAGUGAUGUGUUGUAAGAAUGGUCUUGUGGGGACAUCUAGCGACCAAUAUUUGUCAUUACAAUUACAAUGUGUCAGUACUGUUUUUUUUUUCUAAUAUCUUCUAAUAUCUAUUCAUUUUAGACAUAGUACAUGUAUAUGACAUGUAUAUAACAUACUUACAGGACAUAUAUAACCAAGGCUUGUUUUGCAGAGGACAGAAUACAACGGCCCAUACAUAAUAAACAACACCAAAAUUAACAACAUAAAGAUAUUAACCCUUCAUGUUUAAGGCCAUUUAUCUGGCAAUGUGGUUAUCAGCAAAAAAAUGAAAAUUUAUUUUAAAAAUAUAUAUGGUUUGUGGUUAAUCUAAUUCGGGAUUAACCAUCGGUUCCUCGUGGUGUCUUUAACAGGAUUAACUUUUAACACAUUCGCGUGCUGCUACCGACAGCUAAAGCAAACAAUGACAUAAUCCCAUUAAUGUCGCCCCUCUAAUCCCACAUUCUCUCACGACUAUCUGAAACGAGAUUAGCUAAUCUCGAAAUGCUGCGACUGUUACACCAUCUGAGCUGCACGUUUCUGGACUCCCGCUCCUUCAAUCAUUGACCAAACCUAGUGUUUCAUCAGUUGGCUGCGAUAAAGCAGAUGAGCUCUUGUCUGUCUGAUCCACUUCUUGAGAUUUACCUCAGAUAUAUCAUCAAUAAUAUUCACAUUUGCUCAGACUCAUAUUUGGAAUAAGCA